AGUAAUCAAUUAAUAUACACUUAUCCCCCAGCUAUAGCGGGUUUUGCUAACGCGGUUUAAAGCUAUCACGGGAACAAUAAAAAACACAUUAAAUGGGCUAACGCGAAUCCUAGUGGAGCUAUCGCGGCCCAUGAGUCGUUAUACUGUAUGUCCAGGAUGUUCACGUGACAGCUACGUCAUAUUUCUUGGCCAGAUUCGCUUGCUAAUUGGCUGAAUUUGACUGACAUAUUAGGCCGUGAUUGGCUUGCACACUCCCGCUUCCUUAUCCAGCCACUCUCCCGCUCCCCCAUCCCUCUAGUCCCUCCCGCCACAGUUGACUGAGUGGCACGUGCCGUGGUGAAUCUCAAGGUCACGCGUGUGUAUCUCGGGACAAUGGCCUCUACUCCCCCUCCUGGCCACCCAGGGAGAUCGCUACCACCCAACCCGACCCAGCGAAAGGCAACAGCGGCGCCUGGGAAAGAAAUCAAGAAGAGGAAGAACCUUACAUAUGCUGUGAAAUAUGAGAUAGUGAAAUUGAUCGAGAGUGGACAAAGUAAAAGUUCAGUGGGCGCUAAGUUCGGCAUCAGCGAGUCUACAGUGAGAGCACAGUGCGGCAAUAUGGGCGUAAAGGGGCUAUGGGAUAUGGUGUCACCCACGGGGGAGGUGAUGUGUCUGGCAGACCUCGCAGGGCAGGCAGUGGCCGUGGACCUCGCGGGCUGGCUGGUGGACACUCAGAGCCUGCAGCUCGGCCAUGUGAUGACACGUCCACACCUCAGGAACCUGUUCUUCCGGACGGUGGCGUGCCUGCAGGCUGGAGUGGUGCCUGUGAUGGUGCUGGAGGGUGAUGCACCAAGCCUCAAGUGGAACACCAUCAGCAGCCGUAAUCAGAGGAACUUUGGUCAGCCCCAUGGUGGUCGUGGUGUCAGUGGUGUCUCCUCCAUUACCACAACAGCAAAAACAGGAAAAAGGAGUCAUUUCAAUGCCAUCUUGAAAAAAUGCACGGAGCUGUUUGACCUGUUAGGCGUGCCGUGGGUGCGUGCUGCAGGGGAAGCUGAGGCCACCUGUGCUGCUCUUAACUACCACAAGGUGGUACAGGGAGUGAUAUCUCAGGACAGUGACGUUUUCCUCUAUGGUGGCAACACUGUCUUCCGCAACUUCUCUGCUAAUCAGAAGAAAGUGACAGCAGAGAAGUUCAAAAUGGACCUCAUUGAGGAGUGGUUGCAGAUAACCCGAGAUGGCAUGAUACUACUUGCCAUAGUGCUGGGGUGUGACUACCUGCCUGGAGGAGUGCACGGGGUGGGGAGAGACACAGCACUCAGAUUCUUGAGGAUGGCCUACUCUGCUGGGGACAAAGACCCAACACAGAGACUCAAGCAGUGGGCCAUGGAGUGCAUCCCAACGCCAACGCCUUCUGAGCUUGCCUCUACAAAGUGGAAGAAGGGGAGUGAUUAUGUCUUGGAGGAGGGACUGAAAAAGAGGCUUGCUGCCACUGAAGGCUUCCCAUUCACUGAGCUCCUGUCAGAAUUUAAAAACAAGCUUCCUCAGCCCUUGAAGAAAGUGAAAUGGUCUCAGCCAGACUUCGAAGGGCUUGUACGGUGGUGUGGCAAGAUGUUGGACUGGGAGGCCUCCUAUGCGUUGCAGAAGGUUUCACCGGUGGUGACUCGGUGGACAGUCACUCAGGGAGCUGUGCCCAGAUCACUCCAGCCAGUUAGUGUGGUGAAGCAGUGCGUGAAGCAGGGAGUGGUGUGUCUCAGGCUGCAGUGGAAGGUGGCUGCUUCCUCCCUGCCAUCAGGCAUCCCAGAACACCUCACCACUGAGGAACCGCUGGAACUGCUACGCUCUUCACUGCCUCACCUGGUGCAGGACUUUGAAGAUUCAAAGAAAGGAAAAAAGAAAACCCAAACUAGGAAGACCAAAGGAACCCUGAAAAGUAAAGCGAACAAGGAGAAUAUUCCCACACAAAUGCACACAAUAACAGAAUACCUCAAACCAGUCACAUCAAACAGUAUAGCUGUCAUUGAGACCACUGUCACCACCACCACAUCCCAAAAUAUAUCAGACAACAAGGUCGAAGAUACAAGAAGGAAACACAAGCAAACUUCCCCUGACCACAAGUCCUCAGGAAAACACAGCAGUGAAGGUCUGCACCAACACAGGGAAGACCAGCAUAGUAAAGAAGAGGAUGAUCAUGAUGAGGAGGAAGAGGAUGAAGAGUGUGAUGAAAGGGAAUUAUCUUUAAUUAUUAAUAGGAUCAUUAACAUGAAAAUGAAUGUAGGGAAUGAACAGCAUAGUACUCUCCAACCUAAGAAGCUGAGAGAAGUGAAUAAGUCAAAGUUUAGGGAAAAAUCUCCAUUGGUGCAGGAUCUGAGUCAUACCAGCAGUUGUCAUUUAAAUGAAAUGAGGGAGAAAACGCUAAAUGAGAGUGUGGAAUACAUUAGUGAGGAAAACUCACCUUCACCACAACGACCAAGUUUAUUUGACAGAGCAUCAAAGAGGCUUUCUAAUAAAGGUAACAAACAUACAGAAAUUUCCCUCAGUAAUGUCAAGACAGAGAAAGACCCUUGUUUAGCUGAAAAGAUUUUAAAUGAUAGCUCUGAUAAGUGUUUUAUUCUAACAGAAAACUCUUCCAACACUUCUAUAAUAGGAACAUAUAUUGAAAGUGAGAUAAAUGUGCCUAGAUUUCAUGAAUUAGAGACAAGACCACAGUGUCAUGAUGUAUCCAGAGAUAUGUUUGAGGACAUUUUGACCAAAGAUAACACAAAUGUGAUGGCUGAGGAUAUUCUGAGUGAGGACACUUUGACUGUGAUGUUUGAGGACAACUUGGUUGUGGAGUCUUCCUUGCAAGACUUAGAUAUUAAACAAGAUUUACAAAGAUUUGAAGUGACAGGAUGCAGUAAGAAUAUCACUCCGAUAUGUCUUCUUUCUCAAGACUGUGACCUGAAUUUGUCUUCUGUUGAGCCUGAUUCUCCAGUACAAGGGUGUGAUUCAUCAUAUCUGGUCUGUCAGUCACACCCUUCAGCCUUUGAUUAUAAUUCUGUUCAGGUUGAAAAUUGUGAUGUAAAAAAAAAUUCAUGUGAAGUAAAGACCAAAAGGAAACUUCCAGCUGACAUUGUUGAUUUUGAAAAUAUUCUUGCUGAAAAACAAAAUAGUGAAUACUUCUCCCUAGUCUCAUUGCCUGUAAUUAAAGCCUCUGAGGAGGAAGAUUCAGAAGCUGGCAAGUGCUGGUCCUUAGAGAGUCCCAGCUGUGUUGAGGAUACUGCCACAACAUGUGCCACACAAUUACAGUGUUCCACAGUACAACAUUCCAGCAAAAUAAACAGUCAGAAGGCAACAACACCACAGAAAGAUAUAUCAGGCCAUAGUGAGAAUGUUUUUGACUAUAGUGUGAGUUGUGAGACUUCAACAGUUGCUUCAAGCUGUAAAAAAGAGUCUAUUGUUGGAGAAAUAUCUGGUGCAGAAGCUAUUUCUGUAUCUAGUCCACAGACAAGUACAAAGACAAACUUUUGUGAAAGUAAAGAGAACUGUAAUGCUGCUAAGUUUAAUCUUAACAGUAGGAAGGAGGGAAAUGUGAAUGAAAAGGAAAACCUGUCAGUCAAACAAACAAUUGAGAACCACACUGAGGAACAAUCUGGACAAGAUGGCAGCAAAGUGCGGGCCUGUGACCCAUUCUGCUCUCCAGAAAUAGUCACACUCACUCUGGCACAGAGACUCAAGUUAAAGUGUACAAAUAAGCAAUACAGGAAACUGAUUGAUGACCUCUCAUGAUGCUUUGGUUGACAUGUUCUCCAAUGGUCCCUUUCUUUGUAUCAAUAUUUCCUUUAAGAUUGUUAAGGAAAGAUAUGAAAAGAACAAUUUUUGUGGCUACUUAAGAUAGAGAGAGAGAGAAAAAAAACAUUGUCACUUGAAGAGAGCUGGAUGCAUCAUAUAAAUAUAAGUUUCCAAAGAACUUUGUUUUGGAAAGAAGGUAAUUGAUUUUAAGUGCUGUAAAUAUAUAAAAUGGCUAUUCUUGGAAUAGUUUUAUAUAAAAAUUCAAAUAUUAAAUAUUUUCAUUAUCUGAGUUGAGAUUUCUCUUAGAGGGUGGCAGCCAGAUCAUGAUGACUUGCCUCAUUUCAUGUAGGAAUUAAAGUAUUUCAAUACUCAUAAUUCAUGAAGUGAAAAGGAAUUAAAGUAUACAGGUUAGUUGAGAUCACAUUUUAUGAUAGGUGGCCAACAAACAUAUGUCUGUGUGUCAUGCACACAGGAAUGUUAAGAAAGCAUGGUAAUGGUUAUUUCCAUGUCAUUCGAGUAGUCAUUAGAUCUUUAAAAUAAAUCUCUUGCAGGUUUGUAUGUGUGGAAAUGUUUAUAUUUUAUCUCUAUCACAAAAUCUACAUCAUUAUUAAGAUGUUUUUACUCAUAUGUAAUUUCAAGACUGCUACUGUCUCAAGAGUAUGUGGUCCAUUUCUAAAUAUCACAGAUAUUUUGUGGAAUAAUAUAGAAAGAUGGUCCCAUGAACACUAUGGGAGCAUGUCACUGUGUUGCAAGGAAGGACACUAAUGGGUGCCUACCUGGGAAAUAUAUCACAAAUGACUCAUAUUUUUAUAUAAAAGUUCACCAUUCUUCUCCUGUUGACAUUUCUCAUAUUCAUAUGGGGUCGCAUAAAGGGUCACCAUUACUACAAAAAAAAAAUAAAUAAAUAAAUAAAAAAUAAAAAAUAAAAGCAGU